AUGACUAAGUCGGAUGUCAAAUACUUAACUUCUAAAAUCAAACUGCUGUUUUUCAAAGGCAUUGGAGAGGAUAUUGUAACAUCACUAAAUGUGCAAGGGGGUUUUGGCCUCCUUAAUUUGGGCAAGCAGCUUUCGGGUCGCCGUGCUCAAUAUGUUUGGCAUACCCUUACCAAUGUUACUGAUUGGAAUUUUAACAUCUUUAGGUAUAAGCUCCAGGAAUUUGUGAAUAAGCUGGCUGACUCCUAUCAAGCUUCUACAGACUCUAUUCUAGCAAUCCCUUGGUACAAGUUCCUCACUGGGUUGACUCUAAAUUAUCAGGGUAGGGAUAUUUCUACUAUGGUUGAUCAAAGUGAUAUUUUUACGAACACCGAGAAGGUGUAUUUGGAAGCAUGGUUUGAUUUAAUUGGUUCACUUCGCAAAACAUAUACGGCACAGCCGAGUCAUUUUUCACAUGAUGAAUAUAGGGACUUCUUCGGGUCACCCCCUUCUACUAUUCUCCCACCACUAUUCGCAGAUUUACCGGGGGACUUUUUCAAUAGUCGUUCAAAGAAAUUUAAUAUUGAAGCAAAGCCAUGUGUUAUCCCGGAGGGUUGGUCUAAUCUUUAUGAUUUGGAUCCCGCUGAUUGGGUAAAAUUUUUUAAGAUCUUGGCUCAUGGCAAACGUUGCUACCCAGAUG